AUGCAUACUUUAAAGUGCUUGCUGCUGAUGAUGGUUAUGAGCGCUUAUAAUGCUGCAGUGCUGCCAGUUUGCCGCUGGACGCAGUUCAGACUACCAGAAUUAAACGAAGAGAGCAUCACACUGCUGGAGAGUAUGGGUGAUCUGAUGCCGCUGAAGUGUUUGGGUAAGGGAGGACGCUCCUUCCCUGAUGACGUGUUCACAAAAGCACAGAGCGAAGACCUGGCUGUGCUGGCUCUUGAAAUGCUGAAAGGGGUUGACAAAAUCUUUAAAAAUGACCAAAAACCCGUCUCAUGGAAUCCAGAGAAACUGGGACUUUUCAAGAACAUCGUUUUUAGACAAGUCGAAAAACUGCAGGAAUGUGUUGGAAAAGAAGCGUCCCAGACUGAUCUGACCAACAGGAGCUCUGCUAAACUGAAGUCUUAUUUUGAAGAGCUGGAGGAUCGACUGAGGAUGAAGGAGCUCAGUGAGUGCGCUUGGGAGAUAGUGAGAAAUGAAGUUCAUUAUGGUCUGAGGAAGCUUCACAGUUUUCUACAAAGCAAAAAAUAA